AUCGGACUUUUUGACAGUAUCUCGGCACUGUUUUUCGUGCAUAUUUGUUUUCAUUGAGUAGAUUUGUGGAAAAUGUAAAAAAGUGUAGUAAAGGCUUCUAAGUAUAUUAUACGUUGAUACGGUACAUCUAACUGAAGUCAAGAAAAUAUAAACAAGUCGACUAAACAUGAGCAGCGAAAUUACAGUACCAGGUCAAAAUCAGCCUGCACCAGCUGCUACACAGCUUGAAAUCGGUCCUGUCCCUUCUGUGUCGGUAUCUUUAACCUCUCUAGCAACCAACAAUGCAGUAACCAAUGAAACAUUGCACCCUUGUAAUACCAACAACAAGCGACAGUUGGCUCGAUUCCAUCCCUAUCAUGGCGCCAACAUAAUUCUGUGUGAAGACAACACAGUCGCUUACCGCAAGGCAAGCUUUGCUGAUGCAGUUACUUUUUCCGAAAAACCACUCCAACCUGGUGAAAUUUUCCUAGUGGAAAUUGAAAAAAAUGAACGUGGAUGGUCGGGGCACAUCAGGCUUGGGUUGACACAAUUGCUGCCGGAUGUUAUCGGCUCCAUGUCGGAGGGUUUGCCACAGUUUGCAUUGCCCGACUUGGCUAACUUGGGAACCAGCUGGAUUUAUCCAAUCUCGAAAUUUGAGUCACAUUCGUUAACACCACGUAACGGUACUGUCGGUGGUGUUAUUGAAACAAAUCCAUUGUUUCAAAACGUACCAAAACCAGAAAUACUACGUCAGGAUAUAUCUGGUUCAGUCAAUGACGAUGAGCCAAGUAGCAGUACUGCAGCUCGUAGCAAUAUACUUGGCGAUUCCCUUUAUGUACGCACUCCACGAGGCAUGAUUCCAAAGCGAUUAUUACGUCCUACUGUUGAUAAUGGUGAUUGUAAUUCCGGUAUUUUGCUAACAGAUAAGGGUUCCCGCAUAGGCGUCGUAUAUGUACCCACUGAAGCCGACAAAGAUAAGGGAGAAAUGCAUUUCAUUAUUAAUGGCGUUGACCAGGGGCCGUGCACAAAAGAAAUACCGAUGGACAAAUCUCCACUUCAUGUAGUUAUUGAUGUUUAUGGCACAACAAAACAAAUUCGAAUCAUACAACUCUAUGGAAUCGUUUCUUUACAAAAUGCUUGUCGAGAUGCUAUUCUCUUGAACAUUAAACCACAAAAUAUCGGGAUGCUGCCGCUGCCGGAGCGUCUAAAAAACUUUCUUCGCCGUAAUGAUUAGAUAAAAAGUAACUUUCAGCGCAUGCGAAAAUUUGCAUCUAUUCAUAUAGAGUGCACCUCAUUUUAGGUAUAUAGUAAAAACCGGGGGUGAGAGGAAGUAGGAGGUGACAGCGUGAUGUGUUGUUAAAAAGUUUUUUGUUACACCGAUCUUCAUACAUACAUACAUAUGUGAUGUAAGAAGAAAUAUCACAGGCACCGAAGACUAAAAAGGAAUGCAUGUUAAAUAUAUUGACGGUUUGUUUGUUGUUACCGAUGAUGGGGCCUAAGUCGAUCAUAUUCGCUCGUAAAUUAAACGGGCUUAGAUGUAGUGAAAAAGAUUAACCUAUAUGCAUAUUUAUACACAAAUAGUAAUUACAUAUAUAUGUAGUAGUUUAUGCAAUGCUAAUUGUUUAUAGCAAAAAUUUGUAUUUGAACGUAAGUUUUAUUUACAUAUAAAUACAGUACUAUUAAUUGGAUGUGUACUAAAUAUCACAUUCUAUCGCAAACGAAUUGGGCUUUUUUGUGUACAUGUACUAUAUUUGUGCUCCUACAUUUAAUCUUAUACUUUUAAGCGAUAUUUCGCUAACAAUAAAUAAUUUAUCUCCAGGUAUCAUUUAUGUAUAGCACGUAAAACAAACAGAUAAGAAAUCUAUCUUAUUGCACAAUGCACUAAGUAAAUAAAAGACUUUCAACGUUUUCCUCUUUACUUUUUGUAUACAAUCAUAUAAUAUUCACUUGUAUUACUAAUGGUUUAUUUUUUAUUUUUCUUUCUUUUUAA